AUGAAACCAUCUAAACUGCCAGAUCAUCUGAGAAGAUGCCACCCUGAUGAAACAGAGAAAGAUUUGAAAUACUUUCAAACACUCAAAGAUAAAUUUCAGAAGAGACCUACACUGGACAGAAUGUUCGCUUCUACGUCACAAAGAAAUGAUGAUGGUUUGCGGGCGUCUUACAAUAUCUCGUUACUUAUAGCAAAAUCCGGAAAGCCGCAUACUAUCGGAGAGAAGUUAAUUCUGCCAGCCGUUGAAGAGGAUUUAAAAACUGUUUUACACAAACCUGCAUCUUCUGAUAUCAUUAAAAGAAUUCCCUUAAGCAACAAUACUGUUGAAAGACGUAUUGAUGAAAUGAGUUCUGAUAUUGAAAGCUUCUUAUGUAAUUAUUUGCAAACGACCCAUUUCUCUAUACAACUGGACGAGUCAACUUUACCUGAUAAUGCAGCAUUAUUAUUGGCAUAUGUUCGUUUUAUUAUGAAUCAAGAAAUCGACGAAAAACUGCUCUUCGCAAGAACUUUGAUAACCGACACUAAAGGUGAAUCAAUAUUUCAUGUGUUGAAGGAUUACUUCAUUGAAAAAGCAAUUCCUUUAUCAAAUAUAAUAUCAGUAGCUACAGAUGGAGCACCUGUCAUCCAUCGACAACAUUUAGUUGCUAAAAAUUUGAGUGUUAGAUUGCAUGAAUUUAGUCAUUGA